UACAAUGUGACAGCUUACAACUUAACAUGACGGACAUUUAAUUCGCAAAUAUAUUUUGUUUCGCUAUCUUUUACCAGUUUUUCAAGCGGAUUUUUGUGUAUAGCAGGCGCAUUAAAUAUCGUAUUUAUUAAUUUGAAAGAAUACAAAUAUUGCAGUGAUAAAGGUGUGGUAUAUAUUGGAUUAACUUAAGGAGUUCUCAAAUAGUGAAAUUCUGAUGAUAGAUGAAUGUAAAAGCAUAAAUGGAUAUGAUAACAAGCAAAAACACCUGCGUUAAAAUAUGCGUUUAUUCGUUAUAAGGAGAUAAUUUUCACGGAGUAACGAUGGCCGUCCGUCUAGCACUGGCCGGAAGUGUGUUGGUGGCGCUCGUGGGACGGGCGGCGGCGGCGAAUUGUCCGGAUGCGGGGGUGGUGGUUGUGGCGUCCGUGUUCGCCACCCUGGCGGUUGUGUUCAUCGUCCUUGGCAUCAUAGCCUUCCUCCUGUGGCGGCGACGCAAAGCAAUCUCGCGACCUAAGAAGGAACGUACGGAACCAUUUAACGGGGCGACAAGCGCUGGGGGCGGGGAAAGAACCCCCGGGGAGUUCGCCUACAGCAAUCCCGCCUUUGAUAGGGACCCGGAGGCAGUAGAUGGUGUUCCGGCGGGGUAUGUUGAAUGCAAAGAUGGGACUCUAUCGCGGAAGACUGACAACGACAAGCGCAUGGAAACCAAGACGUGGUCGUCACUUCCUGGCGGCGACCUGCCCUACGACAGGGACCGGAAGGGUUCUGUCGGCUCACUGGACCGCAACAGAUACACCGGGGAUGAGGAGGUGAGCGAGGUGUGGCUGACGAGCCAGGACUUCAUCGGCCUGGGCUUCAACAUCAAGGGCAGCAUGCGGGACGGAAUAUACGUCUCUCAGGUCCACAAUCGAGGACCGGCCAAGGAUUCGGGCCGCUUUAAAGUCGGUGACCGUAUCUUGAGCGUGGCCAUCUCGUUCGAGAACAUGGUGUAUGAGGACGCGCUGACCAUCCUGAGCUACGCUUCCCCAUACCCAGUCAAGGUCACCCUACAGAAGCAGCGCCACGCCCCGAAGGGCCGCCGCAUGAGCGAGGUGAAUACGAACCUAAGCCAUCCACUGUACCGAAGUCAUUCCAUGGACACCAUCGCUGUGGUGCCCAAGGAGUCGUUCAAGCCAGAUAAACGUUACAAUAGUGAAAUGCGAUACGACAGGAGAGAUUCCCCGAAGAUGAAGCGAGUGAGCAAAGCUGGUAUAGAGAAUGGUAUUUCUGAAGAGCCGGUAGUUGCCUUGGCGAAUGGGCAUGCGCUCGAAGCGGCCGCUGCUGUGAAUCGGGUGGACGCUAUGGUACACAGGGAGGAAGCUGAUCCGUCUUUAAAACUGAACUUUGAUAGAGAGAGGUCUGUUGUUGCUGAGACGGACCUUCCCUCUGCUGGAGUUGAUCUAAAUAAGGAUCCAUUCAGUACUGAUGAAAGUCAAAAACAACUUCCUCACUUCUCGUCAGCGUUCGAUAACCUGACGGAAGAAGACAAGUUGGACGUACUAAGGCUCAGCUAUGCGGAUCCUUUGGCUGUUACAGAGCCUUCAUUUGACCGUGAGAGUGACCAGAAGGUCAUUCCACAGAAGCCAGAGCGGAAGAAGAAACGCGGUUCCACCAACAGCACGCCGUCACAAAGCGACGGGGAACUUUCCGCUCCCACCACACCCCACAACGCGCCGGAAACGGAAAUGACUGCCCAGACACAACUGCCGCCCCUGGAAUUCCCGCCCCCUAUACCGACGGAGUCUCCCCCUCCACCCCCUGCGGAAACCCCGCCCCUGGUGCCGACAGAUCUACCUCCCCCUGUGCCGACGGAAGAACCACCGUCAUCACCGCCGACUGUGACUAUAGAUGAAAUUGGUGACGUCGAAGAAACCAUUCAGCCCGAGCUGGCAACUCGCAGCAUUCAUUUUAGCAGCGCAAAUAUAUCACUUGAGUCAGUCACGCCUUCAAAAUAUACGAAUGGUGACAAAACAUUAGUUGAUGAACUGGCAUUAGAUUUAUCCGUUAAUGAUAACGAUACUACUUUGGUUCCAAGUACGCCUCACAGAAGAGAUAAUGAUUCGCCAACAGGUGAAACUAUAGAUGAAGAAAUCAUAGCUCCUACGCAUAAACAAAGUCAGCAGUUUAGUGUGCCUAUUUUUGCUGUGGCAGCAAUGAGCACGGACAAAGCUGAUGUUGAAACUGAUGAGAUUACAGGUGGCAUUGUGAAAGAACCGAGUGAACCUAAAGACGAUUUUGACGGUUCAAUGCCGAACCUGGAUAUGAAUUUAAACUUUGACACUGAUUCUAUUCUGUUCAAGGAUUCAUUUCCAAGCAGAAAUGAACGUGAGGUUGAUAACGGUUUAGCUUAUGACAUUUCUGUUACUGAGCUAAAUGCAAUGAGCAAAAAAGCAAAAGAGGAAGAACUGUCUAAAAAUGAAAAGAAAGGCACGGGUGGAAUAGCCUUUGAAGUCAGAGACGAUGUUGUGACUGGUGAAACUAGAAAUGUUAAUAGUAUUCAUCGUACAGUGUCUUAUGAGAUUAAGUCAACUAGUGACAGAUUUAGGGAUCAUCACAUAUCAUCCCACCGCCCUACCUCGCUAAAAGACAACACGAAACAUCACGACCAGGACGACAUGGACGGCAGACUUGAUUGGUCGGGUCAGAGACUGAUUCGCUGUGGUUCAUUUUCGGAUAUACCUCAGGACGACAUCAAGGACUGGACAGACCAGUCAAGUCUUUCUCCAAACGAUAAAAUAUUCGAUGAACAGAUCAGGCAAGAUUCCAAGUCGCCGCAGCUAACUAGAGUCACCCUUGCGAAUUUAAAUGACACAUCAAAAGAUAAAGACGACCUGUCAGACUCGGACUCGCAGUGUCGGUCAAUAUCAAGUUCAGCAUCUAGCGAGGGAGGUGACGUCACACCGCGCAUACAUAUGACGUCACGCACGAAUGGGGAUGAUGACGGGCUAGGGAUGUCGCCGGAUAACUCGCCGGAAAAGAUCAGCCCCAUCGCUGACCUGAAGGCUGACCUGAUUACCAACAUGACCAAGUUGGAGGGGAAUGAUCACAAAUUUAAAGUUGAGCUGAACACGCAGGGAGAUGAGGAUUGUUGAGCGGAAAUAUGAAUAACGUAGAAUACAAUCGCAUGCACGUCUACUUGACAAACGAGACUGUUCAGUAUGAAUAUCUGUGAAUCGUAGCUGGCAAGCAGUCCAAUGAGAAGAAAGCCGAGUGUCAGAAUGUUCACAAGUUCUCGGUGUGAAUUAAAGGAGCUCCUCUGAACUGGCAGGGAUCGUCUUUGAGCAUUAUAUUCACAUAUGUGUUCCCAUGGAAACAAGGGUAUACGAUAAAUGGCAAAUCAAUAACGUUCAUCAUAUUGUUAGCAUGUUCAUUUCUUCUACAAUAUUGUGUUAAUGUGUUUCCUCAAUUUCUGUAGAGAGCGUAUAAACUGUAAGAAAUCUUGAGAGCGAUAAUUACAAGUUACCUGUUAUUGCCGAAACAAAGAGUAAGUGAUAAUAAAAAGUUCGCAUCGUUCCAUCAACAGAAACAUAAAUCAAAACAGUUGCUUUUAACUAUAAACUCAUUAACUAACGUUUUCAGAACUAACUUGGUUAUUUUAGUAUAAUCUGGUAUCAUUAACAAAAUCCUAAUCCCAGGUAUAAUGCCGAUUUCGAUUUUAAUGUAUAAAAUGCACAUGUUCAGUUCUUCGAUGUCAGUUUUAUAUACACAUGUUUUUAAAUCAAAAGUUUGUGUAUUAUUUAUAUUAUUAUUUAACAUAUAUUUCCUUUAACAAAUGUAUUCUUAAAUGCUGUGUCCGACUUAUACUAUUGCAGCUGUUAUCAUAAUAUUAUAUAAUGUUAAUACUAACAACGAAUUUUACAUUUAAGAAUGCUUUUUAAUGUUUUUCCACAUUCCCAUACAUAUAUAAUAUACAACUGAUGUUUUUUCCAUGUAAAUAUAUUUACACUAUGUACUACAAUCGUGGUUGUUACUAUAGUGAUUAACUGCAUGAGUAAUUUUAUUAUCAUCGAUGAUUUUAUGUACGAUAUGUGUACUUCGUUAUACUUGUUGAUGAUGUAUUGUGCAUAUUGUAAACUAAAAUAUCUCUUAAAACAAAUAAAAAAUAUACUCAGGUGAUCGUA